GAUUUUAAAAUCAGGACCAUCGAGCUGGAUGGGAAGAGAAUCAAGCUGCAGAUCUGGGACACCGCGGGGCAGGAGCGAUUCCGGACCAUCACAACCGCCUACUACAGGGGAGCCAUGGGCAUCAUGUUAGUCUAUGACAUCACCAACGAAAAGUCUUUUGAAAACAUUCGGAACUGGGUCCGGAAUAUUGAAGAGCACGCCUCUCCAGACGUGGAAAAAAUGAUCCUUGGGAACAAAUGCGACGCAAACGACAAAAGACAAGUUUCCAGAGAGCAAGGGGAGAAGCUUGCUGCAAGUUUUGGGAUUAAAUUUAUGGAGACCAGCGCGAAAGCAAAUAUAAACAUAGAGAACGCGUUUUUCACUCUCGCGAGAGAUAUCAAAGCAAAAAUGGACAAGAAGUUGGAAGGCAAUAGCCCGCAAGGCAGCAACCAGGGAGUCAAAAUCACACCAGACCAGCAAAAGAAAAGCAGCUUUUUCCGAUGUGUUCUUCUGUGAGGGACACGGCCUUAAACCUGAGCAGCUGCUCAGCCGGACUGGACUGUGCCUGUUGUGAGUGAGAGUUCCUCUGUCUGUGGACUUAGCAUUUCCAACAUACCUUGUCACUUUGUGACCAUCUGAAUAAGAAAUCGUUUAUUUUAGUAAUUGUCUGACUCUUCAAUUUUUGGAGAUGAAACAAGUUUAUUUUUGUCGGAUUGCCACUGGGCACGUGUGUUGUCUAGCAGAGGGAGUACAGAUCAGACAUGACCUGUGACACGGCACCUUUGCUGACAGGCUUCCAUCUUUUUUUUUUGUUGGUAUCUGUAACGUAUCCCGAUUUAGAAAGAUUAAGUUAUGAUCAAAAUGAGAAACUGAAAUGCCAAUGUUAAUAAAGUCCAGGUCUGUGUACGUGAGACAUGUGCGUAUCCAUAGACGCAGAGAGAUCAGUUGCAUCUGAACAUCCCAUAAUCCUGGGUGAGCAGUAACAGGCUCGUACCUUCCAGAAGGUAGAAGGAACCUUCCUGCAUCUCCACCUCUUUGCUACUACAGAGAAACCCCUUUAUCUGCCUCUUCCUUACUCACUUGUGUUAUUCCAGACAAUCCACGAGUAUGAUUGAAGUUUUAAAAAAAAAAAGAAAAUCCUCCUCAAAGGAAUCUCUAUUUUUUUAAGAAACCAAAGUGUGCUGUAAAUAGAACGGAUCCUUACCAUCAGGAAUGACUUUAUCCGUGUUAGACUUGAACGUGCUCAAUGAAGUGCUCCAGGUGUUCAGACACGUUGAACGGGAGACGACGGCUGCGGUGAGUCCCAGGGGAAGGAUCUGUGCUCUCUCCGUGGAGAAGCAGAGCCUGGCUGGGGCAGGGACACUCUUCUCAGCAUCUCUAACGUUUCCAUGGGCGGCUUUUCCUUCCUUCUCCAGCUGAGAAAUGCCUCCAGCUCUGUCAUGACCUAGUAGCUAGUUUUAAAAUGGUGACAAGAAAACGUCUUGCACUGCUUCCAGUUGUGUGUUCUCACGCACACUCGCUCACGUAUGCAAAUAAACGUUGCACAUACGAACACUUUCUGAAAGCAAACCCUUUUUGAGCUGAGUUUUGCUUUGCUGCUGGGUGUCGGUGGCUUCGGAGUCCAAGCAGCAGCAAACCUGUUAAUGGCCGGCAUCGAUGCAAAGACCUCGAGUCCUCGGGGGGAAAUAUUCCAUUAUUUAUUCCUAGAAACCCAGUCUAUGACAUUCCGAUGUAUAAAAUGUAACAGCCAGUGAAGUUCCCAGGUAGUUAAUUACCCUCAGUUCCGAGGCUGUGAGCCUGAUUCUUAAUUAGACUGACAAAAGGAGCCAGUAAGAGCCGUCUGCUUCAGAGCCUGCUGUGGAGUGGUUGGAAUUCUGGUGUAUUGAAUUCGAGUGAACGGAUCAGCUGUGUCCUGCAACUCACUGGAAUUGUUAACAUGCUUUUGUUUACAUUGACAACUGCACUUAAGGGUAAAAUUAAAGCUGAUUUUAAAGUUAAA